AACAAAAAUCAAGUGCUUUCUCCAGAGAAAUUGCUCUAGAACCUCCCGAAGCACUCGAUUUUUUUUUUUCACUAAAGCGGCGUCGUUUCUCUCCACACCUCUGUCGUCGUUGAGAUCUCCAGUUGAUUGUCCUUCGUCAAACGCUUGGCUUUGGAUUUGGGCCUAUAUUGGUGUUAUAGCGAGGAAUUUCCUUUAUUUGCUGGCAGGAGGCUAACAAAGAAAUUACUGCCCUUUAGCUAAUUUGAAAUUGGCAUGUGUUCCCAAUUCAGCUGGAUAUGUUUUAUCAAGUUAUAACUGGAUUCAUAUAAUUAUGAUUGAAGAUAAUGUGUGGGAUGAAUUUGAAGCUAGUGACGAUCAUAUAGUGCCUCAUCCCAGUAAUGAAUAUGUUGACCAGUAUGCAACUCAGGGUGAGGGCCGGAAGAAAUCACGAUGUGAAGUGACUGGUUUUACAAACAUUGCUGAUAACUCAACUAUAUAUGGUAUAAAGGGAAUGGAGAAAAACGUUAAGAUGUUGGAAAAGGGUUCAUGGUCUGACACACAGGAUAACGUGUUUCCUACUUCUUGUGAUAGUGACACACCCAAAGAGGUGACCAGUGAAGCAUCAGAUGGUUCUAGAAUGUCAACUCAGGGAUCAAAAAAUAGUGGCACUGCAGCUAAGGUGGUUGAGUUCAGUGAAGAGGAUCAUAUUUUGGGUGACAAGUGUGUGUCAGAGGAUGAUAAUGUAUACCAUUAUCCACUCAAUCACAUUUCCCAAGCAGAUAAUGAUCUCAGCUUUCUUGAUAGUGAUCGUGAAGACAAAGAAAGCAGUGAUCUCUUGUAUUAUGGCUGGCCUGAUAUAGGAAAUUUUGAAGAUGUGGACAGGAUGUUUAGGAGUUGUGAUUCAAUUUUUGGGUUAGGUAGUCUUAGUAAUGAAGAGGAUUUGUGCUGGUUUUCAACUACAAAUGCUGCUGAAGGACCUGAAGAUUUAUUGAAGUCAGGCUCAAAAUUGAACGGCCUACCAGGACAUCAUGAAGCUUCUAGGGAAAAUGGUGUGGGUGCUUCAACUGAUGAUUCCAAUGAGAAAAUUUUCGGUGCUGGAGAAAAUAUAAAUUUCAAAUGUCUGGAUACUGACAAUUCUGGUCUUAAUCACUUGUCAUUCGGGAAUGGAUUUGAUACACAAUCAGAAAGUGCAGAUGACCUGAUGUUUAAUGAGGCCCAUUUGCAAAAAAAGCAGCUGAAGCAUCAGAACAAGUCAGAUGGAAAACAAAAAGUUCGACUUGUGGAAAAUGGUUCAUUUCCACAUUAUGAUGAGCUAAAGCAAUUUACUGAUCUUAAACAUCCAUUUGGAGAUUCAUCCCCUCGAGUCUUCCCUACCUCUGGCCUUCAGCCACAUAAGCAAAAUAUAGAACAAAAUUCGAUGAAUUAUAUCCCCACACACAUUCCUUACAUGCACCUAGACUACAGUCACCCAUCUGAUCAAAUUUCUGUGUGUCCAACUCCAUCAGGUACCAAAUAUGAAAACAAUAUUCACACAUCUCCUCUUCCAAAGGAGUCUUCAUAUGCAUCAAAUCAGGUGCAGUCCAUGGAGAGUUCUCAUGGCCUUUCAUUUGAGACUCCUUCAGUGACAACAAAUGAUAAGAGAGAAAAGCUGUAUCACUGCCAGGAUAUACAAGCACCAGUCACUCGGAAUUUCAAGCAUGCAAAUAUUGCUGGUCCUGUGGAAUUUUGUAGUGCAGUCUCAGUUCAGAAGCAAGUCCAGUCAGAACUUGGGAUUAAAGGUAAUAGUGAAGUUGAUGGAGUCAGCAUUAGAGUUCCUACAGAAUUAGUCUCUUCAAAUGGACAAGAGAGCUCUUGCAUGAGCUCUGUGUUGGAUGAAAUCUCUUUGGAAGCAACCAGUUUUUGUCAGCUUCAGCAAGUUAUGGACAAGUUGGAUAUUAGAACAAAACUUUGCAUAAGGGACAGUCUAUAUCGCUUGGCUAGGAGUGCAGAGCAAAGACAUAAUUGUGGUAAUUCAGGUGCUGGCAUCAGAGUUGAUAGAGAGGCAACUGGAGCACUGAUGCGUGAAGAAACAAAUAAGGGUGCAGGAUUUAUUGAUAUGGAAACGGAUACAAAUCCUAUAGACCGAUCCAUAGCACACUUGCUGUUUCACAGGCCCUCAGACUCAACAGUAAUGCAUGCCGCCAAAGAUGCGUUUUCAUUUAAGUCUCAAGCCUUGAUUAAUGGAUCUAUCACCAGUCCACCACUGAAUGGUGAGAAACAGGAUUGCUCGGAAGAAACUACCAACUAUGCAGGUAAAAAUUUGCUGACAACUGAUAACAAGUGACAAGGAGUUGUUACUUGAGCAGCACGGUUAUUGUAAAAUAUAUCUAUUUCGGAACACUAAAUAGAUCAUUUAUAACAGCAGCUCAACAUAGGUGCCUGCCAGGUUUUAUCUAUGUUUUAAAGCUCAUGUCUUAGGUAUGUUGAUGCAUAAUGAUAACUGUUACCAUGACAGAAAGUGUCUGCAUGUUUGUCACGGAUGACAAUGCUGGUUUUUCAUAUUUCUUUGUGCGAAUUGAUUGCAUCAACCGUGAGAAUUGAAGAUUUCAUCUAGUCACAA